CAAUGACUCAAAUGGCAACUACAUUAGGUGAUUCGUAUAUAAAAUUUAUUGGUGAUUACUUUUUUGCCGCAAAUGCUGAAACUAAAUUGAGAAAUCCUACUAAAGUUAUAUGGAAAGGUUUUAAUCGAUGGACCAGAGCUGUGAACUGGACUAUGGUUAUUCCGGUCCCAUACACACCAGGCGAUUGGGAACCUAUGCAUGCCUUAAAAAUUCUAAAUACUUCCUAUAUGGUUGGCAUAUCAGAUUGUAUUUGGCAGUUAGGAACAGAUUUUGGCGUUUCCCGUGCAGAAGAUUACGUUGCUGAAUUAAAAACGUUUAAUCUGAUGGUGGAAUCAUUUAAAUCUUAUGUCGACGAUUGGCAAAUAAUGGGUGCUGAUAUUUCCUCUGGUAGUACUGCUGAUGAAACACGACAGUAUAUCGAAAUAUCUCAGGAUUUAAACUCUGCACUUGGCUGGACUGAAUCAACUGCUCUUACAUCAAGCAAUAUAGGCAAAAAUUUCAUUAAUGAAAAUGAUCCAGCUCUGAAGGUUUUACUCAGCAGUAAUCUACCAAUUUGGUUAACUUUGCCAUAUAAAGCGAAAUCAAAACAAAAAAGCAACAUCAUCGUCGUUGACGAUGUGGCUGAUGCAAUGCGUUGGGCACAAAUGAUGGGUGAUGCUGCUAGCACAGGAUUCGAUGCUAUCUUUAAACACAUAAGCCUCUAUGAAUUGGAAAAUCCCACCAACAGUUUUUAUGUAACUGCUUUAUUUAAGAAGGUUAUGGGUUCUCGUGUGUUUCCCUCCAGACCACUACACUUAUUCGGAAACAGCAAUAAAUUAUAUACUCACUGCGCCAAUAGUGUAUCUGGAGGUAUUGCAUUUAUGGUUAUUAAUACGGAGGAAACAGAAAAUAGCUUAUAUUAA